AUGCGACAGCGCCGCCCGGUCUUGCAGGAGGUCUUCCGGCCUGGUCCGGACGCAGGAGAGGAUGAGGAGCAGUACCGAAAACGGAUGAAAAGGCAAGAGCAGGAGAUGGCUCCCUAUCUGAUUGGCAUCGUACUGUUCAUCGCUGUGGCUGUGGCUGCUGUUCUCAUGUGGUGGCACCCCCACAUCGACUUCCACCGCGCACCCGCCAGCAAGAGGGACUUGGAGAAGGCUGAGGUUUUGGCAAAUCUCAAGAACCACACCAUUCUUCACGUCGGUGGCUUGCAUUACAGCGGCCUGACGCUCUUGUCUGAGCUGUUGAUCCAGCACCCGGAUCUGGCUGGGAUGAGACAUCAGGAGGGUGCUGACAAGCGCAAGACCCACUGGGUGAGCGACGUGGCCAACGACGGUUGUUACCUGCAAACAGUGAUUCCGAAUUUCGGCACUGACCAUCGACAAUUCAUGCUCUGGAAGUCUCUGAGCAAAUUCGCUAAGCGAAUUCUGCCCGAAUCCGCUGUGGAGCGCUUUCCAUGGAUGAAGAUGCGCCAGGGGAUCGGCCGCUUUGCUCUCCAUCCAGGGCACCACUUGGAUGAUAGUUCUUCCCUGAUCAGCAGCCGAGCCCAGGUGCACCUCUUUAGCGAAUGGGCGCUCUUUUGGGACCUUUCCAAGAAGGUUCUUUUGGAGAAGUCUCCCUCCAACGUGGUUCUUUCACCCUUUCUCCACCGUUUGUGGUCGUUGGAUCUCGAGACACCAAGCCCGGGGCGCUUCAUCUUCCAACAGCGGCAUCCCUUGGCCGUGGCCAUCGCCACCAAGAUCAAGCUGGGCGCGCAGAUAGGCGACGAUUUGAGCCUGGCUGAUCUGAUGGAGAACUGGGUCAUGGCAGAGGAACGACGCGCCAAGGAUAUUGAGUCCUACUUCGAGUACUACGGCUUCGGCAAAGAUGUCUACCGCAUCCUACAAUUUGAGGACCUGCUUCGCGAGCCUGACAAGGCUGGGAAGAGGUUACCGGUGGUCAGGAAGGUUACAAAUGUGGACAGAAAACAGGAGAAAUAUCAGGAGCCCCCUCAAUCACCCUUCCAACAUGCAGAAUAG